GCGACCGCCGGGGAAUUUCGACAAGACCGAACAAGAAAGCCGCGACGGCCAUUCACCUGCAUCCUCACCCAAGUGUUGUCGAGCGAGGAUAAACGGCCAUCGAUCUUCAACUUUCGAGGUCUGUUGUCGCUCCCUUCUUCCCUUUUCAACCCGUCGAUCAACCGGCGCUUCAAUCCGACCCCCUCGUUAAGCGCGCCUGUGACCGACGAUGAAGUCGCUCAACCCCCUACCGACAAUUGCCUCCUACUCGGCUCAGUUUCCGAUUCAUGUCAUAGUCUUUGUUGCGUUGCUUGCUUCGACGGCUUAUUUCCAUUUGUUGGAUAUCGCUGCGACGACGCGAGUGACCGCGUGGAGUGCGUACAAUUGGCGAGGUGUUGCUAGGAGAGACUUUGCUGGCCUCGGUCAGGCAAAGGUAGUUCUUCAGAAUGGAGAGUGGGUUCAGGCAACAGAAACUGAGACCUCUCAGUACGCGAUUGCGUUGGCCACCACUCCCUACGCUGUCUUCCCUCCGGCUCUGGAAUCCGCCCUCAUGCCCUCCGCCUGCCUUUCCGCAUCUUCUAACGGUUGCACCCCUCUCCCACCAUCGGGUUCCCUUUCUGGUUUCCUUAUCGAGUCCGCUACCGCGAAUGAGUGGUUGAACCCCGCCAUGCGCCGGGCUCUCCAUGAUGCCGGAUUCACCAUCGCUCCUGCUGCCGGUACGUCCGAAGGCAGUGUCUGGUGGAUCGGCCGCGCGGUUUACGACGUCGCUGCUAAGAUUCGCCAGCUCAUUGAGAAGGCCGACCGUGUCGACAUCAUCAUCAUGACAAUUGGGUACUUGGCUAUGCACCUUACCUUUGUUUCGCUCUUCCUUAAUAUGAGGACUCUGGGAUCAAACUUUUGGUUGGGAGCGACGGUUUUGACGUCCAGCACAUUCGCGUUCUUGUGCGCCUUGUGCACUGUUCACCAGCUUGGUAUCGCCAUUGAUCCUGUUAGCUUGAGUGAAGGAUUGCCCUUCUUGGUUAUCACCGUUGGAUUCGAGAAGCCCAUCCUCCUCACCAAGGCUGUUUUGAAGGGAAGCUCUAGCAACAGCCCCCGCGCUAUCCGCGAGGACGUCGUUGAUGCUGUUCGUGCCAAGGGUCUCCUCAUCGUCCGCGACUACGCCGUCGAAAUUCUUGUUUUGUCUUUGGGUGCCCUGUCUGGUGUUCCUGGCUUGAAGCAGUUCUGUUUCUUGGCUGCCUGGAUCUUGGGAUUCGACUGCCUCAUGCUCUUCACCUUCUACACCGCGGUCCUCGCCGUCAAGCUCGAGAUCACCCGCAUUAAGCGUCACACUACCAUCCGCAAGGCUCUCGAGGAGGAGGGAAUGAGCUACAAGGCUGCCGAGAAGGUCGCCAUGGCCAACGAUCCUCAGGUCAACAAGGAGGAGCGUGAACGCAGUUUCGGGUGGUUGUCUCUGUUCGGUGGACGCAAGGUUCGCGAUGAGAGCGUUACCAGGUUCAAGCUCGUCAUGGUCUCUGGAUUUGUGUUGAUUAACUUCUUGAAUGUUUGCACUAUGCCGUUCCGUCCGGCUGUUCCUGCCACUGCGGCUGCUGUCAACCCUAUCGUUACUGCUGCCGCUGCGAACGUGCCUAUUGAUGUUUUCAGCGUCAAGUAUAAGCCUUUCUUGGAUGCCGCAGCGAAGUUGCUCUCUGAGGGAUCUAUCGUCACCAUGUUGCCUCCCAUCCACUUUUCGCCCAUCUCUGCUGCUCCUUUGCCUAGCACUAGUGCUUACCCCAACGCUGGUAACGGCACUGUCGAGAACUUGGUUCUUGGUUUCUUGGAGUCUUGGACCAGGUCUGUUGGUGACCCGAUCAUGUCCAAGUGGAUUGUCGUUGUCCUCGCUAUCUCCGUCGGAUUGAACGCUUACCUCUUCAACGCUGCUCGUUGGAUUCAGGUUCGUGAGCAGAAGCCUAAGGUUGUCGAGAAGAUCGUCGAGGUUAUCAGGACUGUUCCUGUCCCCCGUAUCGUUGCUGACGACGGCGGUCGCGCUGAUUCUCCUUGCGUUGAGGAGGUCAAUGGCGACGCAUCUGCUCCUCGUUCUUUCGAUGAGUGUGUCGAGAUCCUUAAGGCUGGCAAUGCGAAGAAGUUGAGCGAUGAGGAAGCCGUCAUCCUUGCCUUGAAGGGAAAAAUUCCUGGAUACGCCUUGGAGAAGAUCCUCGCUGAUCCCUUCCGUGCCGUCAAGAUCCGUCGUGCUAUGGUCUCCCGCAACUCGAACACCAAGACUCUCGAGGACAGUCUUCUUCCUUACCAGGAUUACGAUUACGCUCGUGUCUUGGGUGCUUGUUGUGAGAAUGUCAUUGGUUACCUUCCUUUGCCUCUUGGUGUUGCUGGUCCUCUUAUCAUCGAUGGUAAGUCGUACUACAUCCCCAUGGCGACUACGGAGGGUGUCUUGGUUGCUUCCACGGGUCGUGGCUGCAAGGCUAUCAACGCCGGUGGCGGUGCCAUCACUGUUUUGACGCAGGACAUGAUGAGUCGUGGUCCUUGUGUUGCAUUCCCUAACCUCGCCAGGGCCGGUGCGGCGAAGAUCUGGUUGGAUAGUGAGGAGGGACAGAAGGCGAUGAAGAAGGCAUUCGACUCCACCUCCCGAUUCGCGAGGUUGAAGCAGUUGAAGACUGCCUUGGCGGGUACCACCUUGUACAUCCGUUUCGGAACGAGUACUGGUGAUGCUAUGGGAAUGAACAUGAUUUCCAAGGGUACGGAGUUUGCGUUGAGAUUCAUGAAGGAGGAGUGUGGAUUCUACGAUAUGGAUGUUGUGUCUGUUUCUGGUAACUACUGUACGGACAAGAAGCCUGCGGCGAUCAACUGGAUUGAGGGACGUGGAAAAUCGGUGGUUGCUGAGGCGAUCAUUCCUGGUCAGGUUGUGAGGGAUGUGUUGAAGUCGAGUGUGGAUGCUUUGGUGGAGUUGAACAUUACGAAGAACCUGGUUGGUUCUGCGAUGGCUGGAAGCGUUGGUGGGUUCAAUGCACAUGCGGCUAACAUUGUUGCUGCUGUCUUCCUUGCUACCGGGCAGGAUCCGGCUCAGGUCGUUGAGUCUGCCAACUGUAUCACUUUGAUGAAGAACGUUGACGGAAACCUUCACAUGACCGUCUCCAUGCCUUCCAUCGAGUGUGGUACUAUUGGUGGAGGGACCAUCCUGGAUCCUCAGGGUGCUAUGCUUGACUUGCUCGGCGUCCGUGGCCCUCACCCAGAAGUGCCCGGAACCAACGCCAAGCAGCUUGCCAGAAUCAUCGCCGCCGCCGUCUUGGCAGGCGAGCUUUCCCUGUGUUCCGCCCUCGCGGCCGGUCACCUCGUCAAGGCCCACAUGGCACACAACAGAUCCGCUGCCAACACCCCCGCUCCUUCUGGCACCGCUACGCCUGUACACCCUCUUUCUGCAUUGACCCCUGCCAGCGCUGAGUCGGCAAGGAAGUGAUUUAUCGCUGGGGUUAUCUGUAGCAUGUUUU